CCUCCUCGGCCCAUCUCAGCUCCCAUUUCUCGCUCUGCUUCCUGUAUGUAGUCAUUUGAGUACGGGUGUGAUUGAGCUCCCGAUAUGCCUCUUCGGAUUGAACACGCAGGGAAUCAUUUUCAGCUCUUAUAACCUGAAGUUGUUCCAGUAGGAUAGCCUUCUCUGCGUCCGAAGCAACUAGGUGAGCUAUUAGAACAUCUCACUCCCCUGCCAGGCGCAAUCAGCAAUCACUGGUGGGGCAAGAAUGGGACCAAUGGACCAUGCGCACAUGGGGCGAGGUUGCUGAUGUCCUCCCUUCUAGGCCAACCUCCCCAAAAUCUUCUCCCAGUCCUACUUCUCCCACCUCCCUGGAUGUUGCCCAAGUAGCUGAGAAACGCGGGGCAAGCGUUGACAGAGGCACAACCACAAAGAAGGGCAUGCAGCGAGGUGGAUUUAGCCCUUGCGGUCAUAUUUCUUUCUUCACCCGCAACAAGGAGCCUUCAGAAGGUGGCAAGGAGAAGAAGGACAAGGACAAGAGCAAGUCGACUUCUUCCUCGUCGUCGGGAGGCGGUUGGCUCGCACAUAGUCGCG